AUGCAGCUCUCGUAUCCCAUUCUCUUAGUCGCCGCUGCUAGCUCUGUCCUGGCUAGACGUCUUGUGAUCACGCCCGCCAAGUUGUUCUCUGGCAACGACGUGUAUAUCUACUCCAAUGAUGGAACCGAGCAUGCAAUUAAGGACUUUGUGCCCAUUGAUGGCUGCAAGUAUAACCGGGGGUCGAUCAGGGAGUGCUGUGUAGAUAUACCUAGGAAAAGGGCACACUUCAAGUACAAGGGACAGUCGACGAAGUACUGCUUUAAGUACCAUAGCAAGACUGGAACUGGAAAGGACACGAGGUUUAUUUAUGGCGAGGCUGGGUGCUCCUGGUAG